AUGUCCUCUCAUCCAGCAGGCAGGACACCCACCAGUCCCCUGUACCCCACCAUGUCCUCUCAUCCAGCAGGCAGGACACCCACCAGUCCCCUGUACAGCAUGUCUCUCAUCCAGCCGGCAGGACACCCACCAUCCCCUGUACCCAACCAUGUCCUCUCAUCCAGCAGGCAGGACACCCACCAGUCCCCUGUACCCCACCAUAUCCUCUCAUCCAGCAGGCAGGACACCCACCAGUCCCCUCCGGCAGGACACCACCAGUCCCCUGUACCCCAGCAUGUCCUCUCAUCCAGCCGGCAGGACACCCACCAGUCCCCUGUACCCCAGCAUAUCCUCUCAUCCAGCCGGCAGGACACCCACCAGUCCCCUGUACCCCACCAUGUCCUCUCAUCCAGCGGCAGGACACCCACCAGUCCCUGUACCCCGAGUAUGUCCCUCAUCCAGCAGGCAGGACACCCACCAGUCCCCUGUACCCCAGCCAUGUCCUCUCAUCCAGCAGGCAGGACACCCACCAGUCCCCUGUACCCCACCAUGCCUCUCAUCCAGCAGGCAGGACACCACCAGUCCCCUGUACCCCACCAUGUCCUCUCAUCCACAGGCAGGACCCCACCAGUCCCUUGUACCCACAUGUCUCUAUCCACGCAGGACACCCACCAGUCCCUGUACCCCAGCAUGUCCUCUAAUCCAGCCGGCAGGACACCCACCAGUCCCUCUGUACCCCACCAUAUCCUCUCAUCCAGCCGGCAGGACACCCCCAGUCCCCUGUACCCCACCAUAUCCUCUCAUAAGCGGCAGGACACCCACCAGUCCCCUGUACCCCACAUAUCCUCUCAUCCAGCGGCAGGACACCCACCAGUCCCCUGUACCCCACCAUGUCCUCUCAUCCCAGCAGGCAGGACACCACCUAGUCCCCUGUACACCAGCAUGUCCUCUCAUCCAGCAGGCAGGACACCACCCAGUCCCCUGUACCCCAGCAUGUCCUCUCAUCCAGCCGGAAGGAACACCACCAGUCCCCUGUACCCCAGCAUGUCCUCUCAUCCAGCAGGCAGGACACCCACCAGUCCCCUGUACCCAGCAUGUCCUCUCAUCCAGCCGCGGACACCCACCAGUCCCCUGUACCCCACCAUAUCCUCUCAUCCAGCCGGCAGGACACCUACCAGUCCCCUGUACCCCACCAUGUCCUCUCAUCCAGCCGGCAGGACACCCACCAGUCCCCUGUACCCCAGCAUGUCCUCUCAUCCAGCCGGCAGGACACCCACCAGUCCCCUGUACCCCACCAUAUCCUCUCAUCCAGCCGGCAGGACACCCACCAGUCCCCUGUACCCCACCAUGUCCUCUCUCAUCCAGCCGGCAGGACACCCACCAGUCCCUGUACCCCAGCAUGUCCUCUCAUCCAGCAGGCAGGACACCACCAGUCCCCUGUACCCCACCAUGUCCUCUCAUCCAGCAGGCAGGACACCCACCAGUCCCCUGUACCCCAGCAUGUCUCUCAUCCAGCAGGCAGGACACCCACCAGUCCCUGUACCCCACAUGUCCUCUCAUCCAGCAGGCAGGACACCCAUCAGUCCCCUGUACCCCAGCAUUCCUCUCAUCCAGCAGCAGGACAUCCACCUAGUCCCCUGUACCCCACCAUGUCCUCUCAUCCAGCAGGCAGGACACCACCAGUCCCCUGUACCCGCAAUGUCCUCUCAUCCAGCAGGCAGGACAUCCACCAGUCCCCUGUACCCCACCAUGUCCUUCAUCCAGCAGGCAGGACACCCACCAGUCCUGUACCCCAGCAUGUCCUCUCAUCCAGCCGGCAGGACACCCACCAGUCCCCUGUACCCCACCAUAUCCUCUCAUCAGCCGGCAGGACACCCACCAGUCCCUGUACCCACCAUGUCCUCUCAUCCAGCCGGCAGGACACCCACCAGUCCCCUGUACCCCAGCAUGUCCUCUCAUCCGCCGGAGGACACCCACCAGUCCCCUGUACCCCACCAUAUCCUCUAUCCAGCCGGCAGGACACCCACAGUCCCCUGUACCCCACCAUGUCCUCUCAUCCAGCCGGCAGGACACCCACCAGUCCCCUGUACCCCAGCAUGUCCUCUCAUCCAGCAGGCAGGACCACCCACCAGUCCCCUGUACCCACCAUGUCCUCUCAUCCAGCAGGCAGGACACCCACCAGUCCCCUGUACCCCAGCAUGUCCUCUCAUCCAGCAGGCAGGACACCCACCAGUCCCCUGUACCCCACCAUGUCCUCUCAUCCAGCAGGCAGGACACCCACCAGUCCUGUACCCCAGCAUGUCCUCUCAUCCAGCAGGCAGGACCCACAGUCCCCUGUACCCCAGCAUGUCCUCUCAUCAGCAGGCAGGACACCACCAGUCCCCUGUACCCCAGUAUGUCCUCUCAUCCAGCAGGCAGACAUCCACCAGUCCCCUGUACCCCAGCAUGUCCUCUCAUCAGCAGGCAGGACACCCACCAGUCCCCUGUACCCAACAUGUCCUCUCAUCCAGCAGGCAGGACACCCACCAGUCCCCUGUACCCCAGCAUGUCCUCUCAUCCUGGGUUGUUAGUAUUCAUGGGCAUAAUGCUGCCUCCCUGGGGAUGGAGAGAGAGUUCCCUCCCUCCCUUCCUUCCCCCAGGCAGCCUCUGUCACCUGGGCAGCAGCUGGACGAGGCAGCCCCCUUCUCUGCCCACUGUGCUCAUGCCAGGCUCACAACCUCUGAGGAGGUGGCAGUGAUGCCAG